AGUAGUGUGUAGGUAAAGAUGUCAAAGUUACGUAGAACUACUGGUCUUGGUGUGUUGAUUAUUCUUGUAGUGCUCGCUCUUUACCGCCACUACGGAUACACGCCUGCAGAUUUGGUGGACACAGAAGAAUCAGGCGAAGAUGAUUCAGUGUCUGUUCAUUUCUACGAAGAAGAAAAAGUAGAAAUUGUAGCACACUCUAAUUCUAAACAGGAGGAGAGCACCUCAAGUCAGGAAGAGAGCACAACAACAGUUCCACUUCCACAAGAUACGCUUAAAAACAGAUGUUCUCAUUCAAAGGGUAUCCAUGACAACGGGGCUGAUCUUCAGGUGUCCGAUUUGGUAGAAAGUCUAGAAUUUCGGUCUGAAAAUCCAGAGACCGGACAUUAUCCUGGGUUGAAGCCGCUCCCGACUUCAGAGGAAUUAACCGUCUUUCUAGUUCCACAUUCUCAUUGUGAUCCUGGUUGGUUGUUACAAUAUGAAGAGUACUACGAGCAGAACGUGAGACAUAUCCUAACCAACUUCUACCAGUUCGCUAUGCAACAUGAUGACUUCAAAUACAUCUAUGCAGAGGUUUCAUUUUUCAAGCUUUGGUGGGAGGAACAGAAGGAGAAAGUAAGAGAAGACAUGGGUCGACUAGCUCGAGAGGGCAGAUUCGAGUUUGUUCAGGGAGGAUGGGUACAGAAUGACGAAGCAAACACUCACUACUUCGCUAUACUAAACCAGAUGCUGGAUGGGCACCAAUGGCUGAACACUAACUUCCCUGAUGCUAAACCUAGAGCAGGGUGGGCCAUUGACCCGUUUGGUCUGUCACCCUUCAUGGCUCAAGUUAACAAACUGUUUGGGUUAGAUGCCAUGCACAUUCAGAGAGUGCAUUAUACGGUUAAAAAACAUUUAGCUGAAAGCAGGCAACUAGAAUUUAAAUGGAGACAAUCUUGGGAUUCGAGUGGUGAGACUGAUAUAUUGACUGAAUUGGGAGCGUUUUCUGGAUACAACUCUCAGUCUACCUGUGGACCUGAGCCGGACGUUUGUUACCAAUACCACUUCGCUGCGUUUACUAACCCUAAGUUCAGACCACACAGACUCCUUCAUAAAACCAGUCCUUUAAACCUGAAGGAAAGGUCGCUGAAGAUCUUAGACCAGUGGCGAAAGAAAGCAGCUCUACACAGUGCUAACGCGGUCUUCAUUGAGCUGGGGUUCGAUUUCUCUUAUGUUAUUAAAGGAGACCUAGACUCUGUUUACGACAACUAUAAGCCAUUAAUGGAGUACAUAAACAACAGCACCGAACUUAACACACAAGUGAAGUGGGGGACAGUAAGUGACUACUUUGACCACAUCAAGAACAAACCCGACAAGUUCCCAACCCUCAGCGGGGACUUCUUCACCUACGCGGACAGGUUCGACCACUAUUGGAGUGGAUACUUUACAACCCGACCCUUUAACAAGAACCUGGACAGAGUUCUAGAAUCUUCACUCCGGAGAACUGAGAUCCUGUUCUCGCUCCAGAGAGCGAGGGAAGAUGUGAAGAAGAAGAAGGAGGAUGUGAAGAAGAAGAAGGAGGAUGUGGAGAAGCUGACAAGAGCGAGGAACACCCUGUCCCUAUUCCAACAUCACGAUGGUAUUACCGGGACUGCCAAGCCCCGGGUCGUGGACGACUAUGGGAGCAGGCUGUUCAAAGCGUACAAAGCGUGUGAUGAGUUAUCAGCAGCAGCAAUAAGACACAUAAUGGCAGACUCAGGUACAGACCUGAACCCCAUCAGAAUAAGGGCCGCUUUUAAAGAACUGGAAAAGUUUAGAGUUUUAGAAAAGGAAGUAGAACUUGUAGUGGUCAGUACCAUACCCAGGAGGACAGCUGCUGCUCAAGUCAUUGCUGUACAAGCUCACCUCAAUUUGGAGGUUGUGGGUAAUAGAGGCGAAGUAAUACCGCAGCAAGUUGAGCCUGACAUUGAGUAUGGCAAACUUAAUCCUAAAUCAAAAUUAAUCACCUUUUGGACAGAGCUUCCAUCAGUUUCCAUUAAUACAUUCCGAUUAAAGAAUACCGAACAAGUUAAAACUAAAACUACAGCGAAGAUGUACACAUUUGGGGAGAAGUCUGUAUCUCCCACCUGUCAGGAUAUCGUCCUCGGACAGAAUAAACUCGUUAUAAAAUUAGACUGUAAAUCAGGUCGUUUAAAGACUAUUGAGAAAAGAGGAAAGACAGUAGAUGUAAACCAGGAAGUUAUAAUGUACCCUUCCGCACUCAGUGGGGCCUACUUGUUCCUGCCUACUGGAGAUCCCACACAGCUUUUGACGGACUCGACACGUGCUGACAUUGUAUUGGUGAAGGGAUCUCUGCGUGACAGAGCAAUGGUUACCCUUAAAUACCAGGAGAGUACCAUCGUGCUGACCUACACUGUGUAUCAUCAUCAGGGGUCUGAGAGCGAAUAUUUGGAUUUAGAAAUAAUGUCAGAUCUAAAGAAUAACGGAGACUUGGCGAUCAGGUUAAAGACUGAUAUAAAGAGUGGAGAUAGUAUCUACACCGACCUUAACGGCCACACCAUUCAGCAUCACAAAUACAAGAGUAAGCUCAAGACACAGGGCAACUUCUUCCCCAUGCCUUCAACUGCCUUUAUCCAGGAUUCUUCAACUCGUCUCUCUUUGUUGGGGUCAGAACCGCAUGGAGUGGCUUCUUUAUCUGAGGGUUGGAUAGAAGUGAUAAUAGACAGGAGAUCUAAACACGAUGACGGUAGAGGACUAGGGGAGGGUAUCCAGGACAACAUCCCCACUCCCGCUCACCUCCGUAUCCUGGUGGAAGCUAGAUCAGAGACCCAGGCACGCGGGGAGGGGUACAGAGUGGAGAAUCCGUCUAUAGUUAGUCACUGGACCCUCCAGACCCUCCUCCACCCUGCGUUCCUUCUGUCUCGUCCUCUUAGUAAACAAACCCUUCCUGCCAGCGUGCAGCUAAUGAAACCAUUGCCUUGUGACGAGGAGCUGGUUAAUCUCCGCUACGUUGACAACCAAACGUGUCAGCUGAUCAGACGAAAGUUAGGAUUUACUUGUGAUAUUGAUGUCUCGAACAACUGCGAUUACCAAGAUACGGCCAUUGAGGAACUUUUCACGAACGAUGUUACAGUUACACUGGAGGAUCACCCAUUUUCACCUUUUCACCACAAAAAUGACUCCAAUAAAAGUGAUCUUAAAGCUAUGGAAUUUUCUUCCGAAUAUGUGACAUUUCGUAAUUAGCCUAUUAGUGUGCAGUGAUUAAUUUAAAUUAUUGGUAUUUUAUUUUACAUAACUGAAUAUAGUUAUUAUUUCCAACCCAUUUAUUUGGACGGACAUUAAAUGAACGGACAUAAUUAUGAACGGACAUUAAUAUGAACGCUAGAAGGCAUUCAAAACCAUCAAAAAUCCGAAUUUUUUUUUCUUUUUUUUAACGUUUUUUAUUUCAGCAAAUGAUUUUUAAAUCAUUUUAUACA